AUGGAAAAUGGAACUAAUAUUGCCAACUGUAUGUGCACGGUUGAUAAAGACGCCUUAUACAAGGAGAUAUCGGGCAUAGCGGAUCAAAUCAAAAAAUGCUUGCCGCCGGAUUUCAUCCCGACUGUCGGAAUCAUCACUGGAACGGGGUUGGAUACCAUCACCUCGCGAAUAACGGACAGCGUAACUAUACCUUACCAGAGUAUCAAGGGUCUCAAAUUUAGCAAAGUUGUAGGUCAUUCAAAUAAGAUAGUCGCGGGGAAGAUAGGCACUCAUAAGGUUGUGUGUUUCGUAGGACGGUGUCAUUUUUAUGAAGGAUAUCCCAUGAGUGUGGUCACGAUGCCGGUAAGAAUUAUGAAAUUACUCGGAGUCAAAUAUUUAUUCGUAACGAAUUGUUGUGGAGGAGUCAAUCCAUCCUACAAUCUGGGCGACGUAAUUGUCAUUAAAGAUCACGUUAAUUUAGUCGGCCUGGCUGGGCACAAUCCUCUGGUAGGAGAAAAUGAUGAACGAUUCCCGCACUUAUUCAACGCUUACGAUUUCGAUCUUCGCAUGAAAAUCGCGAAGGUAUGCAAAAAAUUAGGUUACCCGUACAGAGAAGGGGUUUAUUGUAUGAACACUGGACCUACUUAUCAAGCCAAGGCGGAGGGACGUAUGCUUCUCAAGAUAGGCGUAGAUUUAGUUGGAAUGAGCACUUUACCCGAAGUCACAGUGGCGGCUCAUUGUGGGAUAAAGGUGUGCGCUUUUAGCGUGAUUGCUUCGGCGAUCAAAUACGACGAAUUCUCUUACGAA